AUGGCUGUGCUACUCUGGGAUGUCUCUGGUGCGCUGGCAUUUCUAUCGUUCCCCGGCUCAUCUUUUCUCGUCAAUGCCAUAUCAUGGAUUAGCUUGGCCCUGGGCUUGUUUUUUAUUGUUCCUUCUCUCCUUGCCGUCGUUUUUGAUAUUCUGUUAUGGAUCUGGAGAACGUUUACCCAAGCCCCAGAUGGACGGGCCCCCGCCGCAGCCGGUUCGGCAGCAGCAAUAGUCGCGGCAACAGCAGCAACAACAACAACAAUCGGUUCCGAACAUGGCGAUCAGCGAGCGAGACGACGAUAA